AUGCGUGAUAGAUUCAGAACUCUUAAUGGACUUAUGGGUUGUUUAGUAUCUCUUUAUGCCAACUCUGAUUUGGGCCGACCUUUGCGAUUGCGUAGUAAGAGUACUUUUGAAUUUCUACAACGGUUUUGUCAUUUAACACAUCUUGGUUUAGGGUUGAGUUUAGUUACAUUUGGGUUGGGAUUGGUAUUACGGUGUUUAAAACGAAAUGGGAAGGAAGUUGGGGUGUGGGAAUCUUUUUAUCGGGAUUUGUUGGCUAUUACGGUAACGGUGGAAUCUUUUAUUCCUUUGAUAUUUUGGAUACUUUGGUCGAUUGAUGCGGGUUCGGUGGUGACUCGUGAUAAUUAUAUUGGGGAAGAUACGAUUUCAAUGUUCUUUAAUUUGUGUAUGCAUGGUAUUCCUUCGGUCUUCUUGUUGGUUGAGUUCUUUUUAGGGGAGUUUGUGCCGGCGCGGAGUCACUAUCUGGAACUGGGUUGUUUCUUUUUGAUCUAUUUGGGUAUUAUGCAGGGUGUUUAUUGGGCGACUGGGCGGUGGCCUUACCAGGUAGUAGGGUACUUUACAGGUUGGUGGCGAGUAUUCUUCUUUGCCAACUGUUUAGUGACUUUGAUUGGGAUUUACUGGAUGCUAACUAGAAUGCAUGCCAGAGUAUGGCGGCCGGCUAGUAGGAAGUACCGACGACCGGCUAAACGGCCAUCAAGUGGACGCAAGAAUAAAUAG